AUGAUGAGAAGGAGCUUCUGGGAUUUCUGUUAUGAAUUGAAAAACAAACAUCCGAGUGACUACGUUGGCAUAUUUUUGGCGUGGAAACCGGCUCUUAUGUUGCAGACACCGGAAUUCGCGAGGAGAAUACUUGUAAAGGAUUUCGAAUAUUUUCAAGACCGGUUUUUGUAUGCGGGAUUUUCCGAUCCCUUAGGUUCUUUGAAUUUAUUUACUGUUAAGAAUCCGAUGUGGUCAGCAAUGCGCCGUGAACUAGCGCCGAUGUUCACGCCUUCCCGGUUGAAAAUUAUCACGGAACUGAUGAAUAUAAAUGCUAAAGAACUAGUGUCAAAGAUUAGACGCGAUUAUGUUGGCAAUAAUAAAAAUGUGAAUUUAAAGGAAUUGUUUUCUAUGUAUACCUCGGAUACAGUUGCUUAUAGUGUGUUUGGUAUAAGAGUCAGCGUGUUAAAUGAUCAAGAUUCGCCCCUAUGGUACAUAACCAAUCACAUGGUCAAAUGGACUUUCUGGCGGGGCCUUGAAUUCACUAUGAUAUUCUUUGUUCCUGUUGUAGCAGCUUUAUUAAGGUUAAAAUUCUUUUCGAAAGCGGCUACUGAAUUCAUUAAGAAAAUCUUUUGGAAUGUUGUCGGAGAACGCGAGAAAAAUAAUAUAUCAAACAAUAAAGAUCUCGUAAACCAAUUACUUAAGAUUAAAGAAAAUAUGAAACUACCAGCUGAAUCGGGAUCAGAACUCGCUGACAAUUUGAUGCUGGCACAAGCGGCAGUUUUUAUUUUGGGCUCCAUUGAGACGUCGUCUACUGUCCUCAGCUACUGUUUGCACGAACUUGCCAAUUACCCUAAAGAACAAGAGAAACUUUAUAACGAAGUUAAUCAAGCUUUACAAAACAGUGAAAAUCAGUUUCUAAGCUUUGAAGAAUUGUUAAACUUAAAAUUUCUAUCUUCGUGUAUUAAUGAAACGAUGCGUAAAUACCCGCCAGUUGCGUAUUUAGACAGGAUAUGUAAUCAUAGAUACAAGUUGAAUGAUUCCAUAACUAUUGAGAAAGGAACACCCGUGUUUAUAAACGUCCUGGCGAUACACUACAAUAAGGACAUUUACCCGGAGCCGCUGAAAUGGCUGCCGGAGAGAAUGAACUGUUCGUCGGACAGUGACAAUCUUAAUUUCACAUUCUUGCCGUUCGGUGAAGGGCCACGCUUCUGUAUAGGUAAACGAUAUGGCAUGAUGCAAAUACGCGCCGCUCUUGUUCAACUGAUCUCCGCUUACGAAUUGAAGCCUGCUGACAUACCCUACGAAGUGGAAACUGAUCCUUACAGUGUUAUUUUAGCGCCCAAAGACGGUUUGAGCGUCAAAUUUGUGCCAAGA